AUGCGCCAACGUUUGAUGUACCAGCAGCAACAGCAACAACAACAGCAGCAGCAGCAGCAGCAACAACAGGGACAUGGCGGUCUACCAAAUGGUACCCAGGGUCUCACCGCAGCUCAAAUGGCUGCGAUGCAGCAAAAUCCGGGAAUGCGGCCCAUGAAUAUGAUGCACAUGCAGCAGCAGAUGCCUCAUGGACAGCCGCAGAACAUCCAGCAGCAACAGCAGCUUUUUGCGAUCCAGCAGGCGCAGGCCCAGCAAGCCCACCAAGCACACCAAGCCCAGCAGGCCCAGCAAGCCCAGCAGGGUAACCAGCCCGGCCGGAACACGCCACAGCAGCGUGGCUCGGCACAACCCCCGAACAUGCACGAGGGACAAGUCGGCACCCCUCAAUCACAGCAUGGCAUGCCACCGAACAGCGGCACUCCUCAGCCACACCAAACUCCUCAACCGUCCUCUAGCCAACCACCCCCGCAGUCGGCGGGAGGGCCUCCACAGGCCCAGGCCACUCCGAACCCGCCGGCGCAACAGCUGCCCACGUCCCAGCCAGGGCAGCCGCAGCCUGGCGCGCAGCAACAGCCCCAGCAAGGUGCCCAGGGCCAGCAGGUCCAGCACUCGGGCCCGCCGAAUCAGCAAGCGAUGACUGCACAGGAGGCCCAAUUGAAGGCGCAGCAACACCAAAACGCCAAUGCUAUGAUGAUGCAGCAGCAGCAACGGAUGAACAUGAAGGGUGCAACCAUCCUAUAUCUCAACAUGUUUGCGGAACAUUUAAGCAGCUUCCAGAGUCGUGGCGAAACUCACGAUCUCAUGUAUUGGCAGUCGUUUGUCGAUCGAUUCUAUUCUCCCGGUGGUGUCUUGCGACAGGGUGUGUUCAAUCCUCAGGCUGGAUCAAAACAGUUUGAAAUUGCGACUCCAGCCCUGGCACGAUACUAUCUGACCCAAUUUACGAGUGGAAUCCGUCACAUUCAGAUGGUGGUCGAAGGUGCCCGUGAGCGGGAUUCACCCAACGGCGGCCACAUAGUGGAGAGUCCUCGAACCUCAUUUAUCUACUGGUUCGCCAAUGAUUGCCAGCUGUUCACCAAUGGGACGCUGCGCGCGCAUUUCGACGUGAACAACAAGAUUGAGAUGCUUGAUAUUAUUGUUACCAGCCACAAUGAAUUCAUCCCCCGGAGCCAGGUGCAAGCAUUGGAGAAUGACUUGAAAAACAGCCCGAAAGUCCCCAAGAAUGCCAAGCGUGCUCAGAAGGGUGCACAGCAAGUUUCGCCAUCGCUACCGGAGUCCAUGGUGACUGCCAAUGGCGUCCCUACUCCGGUCAUGGGCUUUUUGGAGGUGGCCGAGACGAUUUCUCAGAUGCAAAUGCUCUUCCAGUUCUCGCAAUCGAACCCCCAGAUGUCUCCCCCGAAGCUCUCCGGAAUCUUGUCAAUACGCUCCAAACACACAAUCCUAAUGCCGGAUUCAUACCUGGUCCUAUGA